GUAGCGGCUACCAGUACUUAGAAGCCACAGAGAGUUUGUCUUUCACUUUCUCUUCCUCGUUUGUCGUCCGUUGUGAUACAGAAGUGGAUGGCAGACCUGCGGAUAGGGUGAAGAAUGUCACAGGAAGAACCUUCUCCAAAGCCCACAACGCCUCUAGGUGAAGAUACUGCUCCUACGGAGCAGAAGACAC